UCUACGCCAACUUAAGCCCACUAUCAUCCAUCCCAUAGAGUACUGAAGGUCUUUGCGAUGUCACAAGAUAUCUCACCGGCAAGCAAGGAAUCAUUCCAAUCCCCAAUGCGAUUCAACAAUCACGGGGACAAAAUCAGCGAAGAUCUCUUUGAGGGGCAUAAUACAAACCGCGAUGAGAACAAAGGAAGCUUAGGAUGUUUUUUUCGGGUAUUUAGAUAUGCCGACCGAAUCAGCUGGUUUCUCAAUGUGAUAGCCAUUGUUACUGCCAUCGCAGCUGGGACCCUUCUUCCUUUAAUGGACCUAGUAUUCGGCAAAUUUGUUACUACAUUGACCGCUUUUGCAAGCGAGACAAUUCCUCCUGCGGAGUUUCGCUCUCAAAUCAACAAAUUCACUUUGUACUUCAUCUAUCUUUUCGCAGCGAAGUUUGGGCUUUUUUACAUUCAUUCAGUGUGUAUAUCUAUCGCCGCGACACGAACGAUCAAGGCCUUUCGCAUCGAUCUUGUCAAGCAUAUCCUGCGCCAGAACAUUGCCUACUUUGACUCUGACCCCGCCAUUUCGGUCACCACCCAGGUUACAACGGAAAGCAAUAAUGUGAACAAUGGCAUCUCGGAGAAAUUGACUUUGACUAUCCAAGGGAUGUCUACCUUUGUCACUGCCUUCAUCGUUGCUUUUGUAGUAGAAUGGAAACUAACAUUAAUCACCAUGGGUAUUGUUCCUGCAAUUCUGUUAGUAGUAGGUAUAUGCAUGGGUAUUGAAGGGCGAAACGAGGCAAAAAUUCAUUUGAUACACUCAAAGGCCGCUUUACUGACAGAGGAGGUAUUCUCAAGCAUAAGCACCACCCAUGCAUAUUGGCUUAGCUCUUUUUUUUCUCAGAAAUACGACGCACUUCUAGGAGAUGCUAUGGAAGUAGGGAUGAGGAAGUCACCAAACUACUCAAUACUUUUCUCUUUUGAGUUUUUUUGUAUUUAUGCUGGAUAUGGACUUGCUUUUUGGCAGGGAAUUCGAAUGUAUGCAAAUGGAGAAAUCAGCCAGAGUGGUAAGGUUUUCACUGUUAUUUUUGCAGUAAUAGUAGCUGCUGCUACUAUGACAACAUUGGCACCACAGAUUGUUGCCAUAACAAAAGCUGCAACCUCUGCUGAAGCAUUAUUCAAGACUCUUGACCGACGAUCUACCAUCGACCCUUUGGAUGAAUCUGGAAUACGUCCGUUUUCUUCGAAAGGAGAGAUUAAAUUCCAAGAUGUAUCUUUCGCCUAUCCUAUGAGACCCGAAAUUACUGUUCUCAAAAGGUUCAACGUCGUGGCUCCAGCUGGUCGAGUCACUGCUCUCGUUGGAGCAAGUGGCUCAGGAAAAUCAACUGUAGUUGGCCUUUUAGAGCGCUGGUAUGAUCCGAUAAGCGGGCUCAUAACUUUUGAUGGUGUCGACAUACGAGAUCUUAAUCUCAACUGGCUGAGAACAAAUGUUCGGCUGGUGCAACAGGAGCCUGUACUGUUCUCUGGUACUGUUUACGAAAAUGUUGUGAUGGGACUAUCUGGCACACCGAAAUCAAAACUCCCAGAAACCGAACAACGGAAAUUAGUUAAGAAAGCAUGCCAAGAUGCAUAUGCGGAGGAUUUUAUUCAAAGGCUACCUGAAGGGUAUGACACUCAUUUAGGAGAAAGUGCAAUAAUGCUAUCCGGAGGUGAAAAGCAGAGACUUGCUAUUGCUCGUAGUAUCGUUUCUGACCCAGCUGUUUUACUCCUUGACGAAGCAACUAGCGCACUUGACCCCAGAGCUGAGCAGAUAGUUCAACAGGCGCUCGACCGGGUUUUGACUGGCCGAACUACUAUUAUUAUCGCGCACAGACUUUCCACAAUUCGCAAUGCGGAUAACAUAGUGGUGAUCGCAGAUGGAACGAUCGUCGAGCAGGGUACUCAUGAUGAGCUUUUGUGUCGGCGAGGGGUGUACGCUCGUUUUACGAAAGCACAAGAUCUCAGCCAAGCCGAAAACAAGAAAGCGGAGGUUAGGAAUACUCAAAAAUCUGAAGCACAUGCGCUUGUGCGUACGCAAGCCCAAGUUUCUGCAUAUACGACAACCGAACCCCUUAAAGCGGAUGAUAAUGAUUAUAGUCUGAUGAAGUGCAUCUACUUGAUCUUCAGAGAACAAGGUCAUGUCUGGAAGUGGUUGGUCCUUUUGGGCGUUGCAACAUUAGCAGGGGGAGCGACCUAUCCAGCACAGGCUGUAGUUUUUUCUCGGGUUGUAGAAUGUUUCCAGCUUCCUCCAGAAGAAGCUAUCCGCCGCGGUAACCUUUUCUCUUUAAUGUUUUUUAUUAUCGCUUUAGGUAACCUCGCAGUCUUCGCUGUUGUGGGUUGGGGAAGCAAUGUCGUCGCGCAGAGUGUCUCCAGAAAGUACAGGCGCGAGAUUUUCGAUCGGAUUUUGCAACAGGAUAUUGCUUUUUUUGAUAAAAAGAGCAACACUACCGGCGAACUUGCUUCUAAUUUAUCGACCUAUCCAACUAGUCUAUUGGAAUUGCUAGGUUUCAAUAUAAUGCUGGCAUGUAUUAGUUUGGUUAACGUCUUGUCGAGUUGUGUUCUUGCCCUAGCGAUUGGUUGGAAGUUAGCCCUAGUGGUUGUGGUUGGAGCUUUACUACCCAUGUUAUUUUUUGGAUAUCUCAGAAUCCGACUCGAGUUCAAACUGGAAGAGGAUACUAGUAAACGUUUCUCGAAAAGUGCCGCCUUGGCUUCCGAGGCUGUUUCUGCUAUUCGUACAGUAUCUAGCCUUGCGAUCGAACAGCACAUAAUUGACACAUAUCGUAGUCGCUUACAAGGUAUUGCCAAAAAGUCAAUGGAGACACUCUUUUGGAGGAUGUUCUGGUAUUCGCUUACGCAAUCUAUCUCAUUCCUUGCAAUGGCGCUUGGAUUCUGGUAUGGAGGCAGACUCAUCAGCUAUCACCAGUAUACUACGCGACAAUUUUUUACCGUUUUUAUUGCAGUAGUAUUCUCUGGGGAAGCAGCUGCAGGGUUCUUCUCUUAUACAACAAGUUUUACGAAAUCUGUACUUGCUGUAAAUUAUAUUUUCUGGCUGCGCAGACAAGUUCCUACCAUCCGAGAAGAUCCAUUGCAGCCUCCCUUCGAUGACGCCAAUGAAGGAAGUCCACCUUCCGUUAAGAUAGACCAAGUGUCUUUCUCAUAUGACUCAAGGCCACGCACCAAAGUUUUGGAAAGCAUCGACAUUACCAUUCAAUCUGGAAGCUUUAUAGCAUUCGUUGGUGCCAGUGGAUGCGGGAAAAGCACCAUGAUAGCACUUCUAGAGCGUUUCUAUGACCCAAACUCUGGUGUUAUAUUCUGCAACCGCCGUACACUUCCUGAACUCUGUCCGCGAAAAUACCGACGCAGUAUUUCCUUGGUCCAACAAGAACCUGUAUUAUAUCAAGGCUCAGUACGCGAAAACAUCGCAAUAGCAGUUGCAUCGGAAGUCACAGAUGCGCAAAUAGAAGAGGCGGCACGGCAAUCUAAUAUCUACGAUUUUAUAAUGUCGCUUCCGGAAGGCUUCGAUACAAUCUGCGGUCGCAAAGGCACACAUAUGUCUGGCGGACAGCGUCAGCGUAUUGCGAUAGCAAGAGCACUUAUUCGGAAUCCCCGAUUACUUUUCUUGGAUGAGGCAACAAGUGCGUUAGACACGGAGUCUGAACGUGUAGUACAAGGUGCUUUAGAUCAGGCGAAACGAGGUCGAACGACCGUAGCUGUAGCGCAUCGUUUAAGCACAAUCAAAGACGCGGACACGAUUUAUGUUUUCUCUCAGGGUAGAGUUGUGGAAAAAGGGAGUCAUAGAGAGCUUCUAUCGAAAAAAGGGCUAUACUAUGAAAUGUGCCUAGCUCAGACUCUAGAUGCCUAGAUCUAGACUACAAUGAUACAAUUGCAAUAUUUGUCACCGAGUACACG